AUGAUAUUAGCUGAUUUUAUUCCACAAACAACUUUAUUGCAAUUACCCAAUGACAUGAAUGACAUAAAUCCCACUGAUGAGCUUACCAAGUUGUCGACAACGUCGUCAUCCGACAUACAAACGGCUGAAAAGGAGCCUUAUCUGAUAUCCCCAAUCAAAAUUCCACUGACAUCAUUUCAACCUCUUCUGGCCGCUUCACCCGACUUUAUUCUGACUAAUGAAUGCACUAGACGAAGAAAUAGACUUGUUUUAAUUGAUAAUCAGUUGCAAACAAUAGAGCAGCGUAUACCCAAAACAGAUGCUCUGCUUGAUGCAAUAUGGUAUGAAAAGAAACAGCAAUUCCUACUUCGGACUGUAUCAAGUAUAUUCUCAUAUGAUGCAAUAACUGGCAAUAUGAAGCUCAUACAAGGUUUUACACCCACUGAAAACAAAGAGAUGAAAUGUUUUAACUUCCUGAACUCUUCAGUACUAUUAGUUGCAUAUGAUGAAUGGAAUGCCCAAUAUAUUGAAAAAUGGCAACAAGAUGAUACUGAUGAAAAUUGGAAGCUUACUGACAAAUUACCUUUAAAUUUAACGAACAAUGAAUUUAUCGGAAAUAUGAUAACAGUCAUUGAAAAUGAUUGUUCAUACAUUGUGAUAACAAUUUAUAAUGAUUUACUUGAACAUUGGCGAUUGGAAAUUCGUCCUAUAGAAACAUUUCUGUGUGUCAAAGCAAUUAUUCUUCCUGGUUCUAACCCUACGUAUGAUUACAAAAUACUGUCUUUGCAAGAUAAUGUAUCAAACAUUAAAUUCCUUGUGUACUCUUCACAGAAUUCCAACAUUAUAGCCAUUGACUCACAUUGGGAAAAAAUACUGUUAAAUUACAAGUAUCCUGUUCAACGGAUGGUAUUAUUUUCAAAAAAUCAAUGGAUUAUUUAA